AUGGUGCCUGUGCUUCUGCUCUUGAUGAGCAUAAACCUGGGCUGCAGCACUGCUUGCUCACUUGAACGGAGUGCGUUUUGGAGAAUCGAUUCCCAGCGCACGGACACUCUACAGUUAUUAAAAGAGAUGAAAAUCAUGCCGGUCCUCUCCUGCCUACAAGACAGAACCGAUUUUAAAUGUCCCUGGAAGAAAGGCCAUAUCAUCCAAGGAAAGCAGAGAGAAGUAGCCACCUGUUGCUACUCUGAGAUGCUCAGGCAGGUUCUCCAGCUCUUCAGGCCACGGGCCACAAGAGAUGCCUGGCCAGAGAGGACACUCGGGCGGCUUCUCACUAGUCUGUUGAGUGGCCUGGAGGCUCUGGAGGGGUCAGCGGAGCAAACACCUCCCUGUCUGCCUACUUUGGCCAUGGCCAUCCGCACCUACUUCUUAAGAAUCUCCCGCUAUCUGGAGGGAAAGGGAUACAGCCCUUGCUCCUGGGAGAUUGUCAGAGCAGAAAUGCAAGUGGCCCUUUCCACAUUCCCGGUGCCUGCAGAGAGAACGUCCAGGAAGAGAAGAAGCUCCAUGCAGGAAUCCCCUCUGAGAAUGAUCAGCCAUAUCUCUUGUGUCUUCCAUUCCAAUUAUCGGUUUAUCUUGUGGACAUUCUCAGAGUACGGGAAACAUCAACCUGGGCCUACUUUGAAGAUUGCGAGCCUGGACAUUGACCCUCCUAGUGACUCUGCUGCUGCCAGAGUCCAGGCCAUCCUGCUCUGUCCUGUCCAGUAG